CAUUGAGACUUCGGCAACUUCGGCCUGACUGAUCUCGAGUUUGUCUUGGACAUGUGUCAUGUAUCAACGUGCUUCUGUGUGCAAUAUGUGUGUGCAAGUGCCAGAACCGUGUCGUGCAUAGAAACGAAAUCGUGCCAUCUUUUAACGCCAACAAAGAGAAAUGACGAGUGUCUCAACAACAUUCUGAAGGAACGACAUUUGAAUAACGAAACUCUAGACGCUUUUGGUCCGCGAGUUAUGAACCUGUCUCGAUGUUUGAUAUAAUAAGUUGAAGACACGGUGACGUUUUCAACGCCAGAUUUUACAAGUAAAGAAAGUCUGAGCGUUAUGUUUCACGUGAAUGAACGUAAUAUCCAUCUGCACAGUGGAAUGUACAGAAUAUCGAUCGGCGUCGAUGUCACAGAAACAACGCUUACCUCUGUCUCUUCUUCAAUAAUUGAGUGUACCAAGAACUCCAAUAUGCAGGAUGACUUUUGUUCGAGGGUACAUCGAGAUUUUGCUCGAUAGGAACAUGUUGGGAAUCAUCUUGCGGAAUAAGCAAACAUUAAGCAUCAUGAUUCUCCCAGAACAGAGAAGAGGUGCAAUGCUGUGUUUUGGGUCGUCACUUUAUUCGUACCUCUCAGGGUCCCUCCUGGCAACGAGGACGUCCAAUAGGAGGACCAGGACAAGCUAACAGUAUGGCCGUUUCCUGCAAGUUUCUCUGGCUACUAGGCUUUAUCUUGCUGCCCUUAUCAUCCACCUCUCCACAGACUCCGUGGGUGCGUGGCCCUGCUGAGUACAUUGCCCUUUCAGGAGACCUACUCAUUGACUACGAGGUUGCCUCCAAUACCACUUCUGGAGCAGUGAUCAGAGUGGUUGACUCUCAGGGAAUACCACUAUCAAAGACGGAUGUCAGAAGCAACCUCGGUCAUGUCAUCUUCCCGUGUGGGAUUGUACACAAGGCAGGGGACUAUCACUUCGAGAUUGCGCAAGGCGACACAGUAAUGGCUCGCUCCCCGGAAGUAACGAAGACACGGUGGCCAGCGAGUGAGACCCACGUGCCAUUGCUGCUAGAAUCGUACAGCUCGGACGCUGUGGUGGCCUUGGAGUUUCCGUCCGUCAAGUGUUCUCCCCUGCAGCAGGACGACUAUGGCUUCGACGUCACACUCGUAUACCAGGGAUCCUCUCAUCCGGGCCUUUGGAAGCCGGAGGUGUUGGCCCAAGAGAGGCUCGGCAACUGGAAGGCUCUCUGGUCGCAACACAUCACCUUCGACUGUCAACUGUUCGACCGGCCUGGCUUUUACCAGGUGCAGGUGCUGUGUGCCGAUGACCAGAGCUUACCAGCUGUGAGCGAGAGUGUUCUCAUCACAGUCCUCAAGAGCCCCCAGUACGCCAUCAACAUUGUACAAAACCCCAUCUCUAGCUGCCACAGUGGAAUUAACGUCGUCUACAGGUAUCCAACAACUUGUGGCAAGGGCCGUGAUAAGGUUCGUGUGUACGGUCGUCGCUCUGGACAGCUGGAGUACCUUUUUGAACAACGGCUCCCCAUGAAUAAGCAUGCCAUUACACUGGGAUGCCACCUUUUCCCCGAUGGAUACGAGGAAUUCUGCUUCAUGUAUGUCGGUGUGGCACGUAACGGUGCUGUAUUUGAGCUGGCAAAAGUGUGCAGGCCGGCCGACAUCCAACCAGAUUCGAAGCACUCUGACUGGGGUGCUUGGAGCGAGUGGAGUCCAUGUACUGGUUCGUGCGGAAAAGGCACUCAAGUUCGGUAUCGCCUAUGCUCCUCACACGCUGCCUACUGUUCCGGAAAUGCCUAUGAUUCCAGGACCUGCAUUCUGGAGCCAUGCCCCGCAACGACGACGACAAGCACGCUGCCAACUCCCGGCUACUGUUCCUGCGGCUGCACUUUCGUGGUGUUCCGGUCGGAAAGCGUGCAAUUCCGCGGUUCACUGUGCGGUAACGGGCCCGUGACGUGGAUCCUUCGGCCGCUGCUCGAACCCGGCGUCACCGUGCACUUCUUGGACGUGCAGCUGGAGCCGUAUCGGCAACGGCUGAUCGUUCGAGGGGGAGAGUCUCCCGUGGCGACCCUGCUGGCUGUCAUCUCGGGGAGCGAUUCUCUCUCUGUCACCUCGGACAGGGGACCAAUCAGGGUUGACUUUAUGGAUAGCAAUGCCACGGCUUCUCAGGACGACGGCACGGGAUUCAAUAUGACCUUCUGGGGAAGCGGUACACACGAAGAGGCGACAUUCCUCGCAUCCAGACACACGAUCCUUUCACCUAUCCACGUUACAUUAACCGUCCUCGCAACUGCCGUCUUCUCAGCCCUCUUCAUCUUCCUCAUAAUCUACCGCAAAUGCCGACAGCAGCCGAGUGAAUCCCUCUGCUCCGUCGACGAAGGUGACGAAACCACGAAGCUUCUGCGCUGCGAGACGUUGACAUCAGAAGUCUCGGCGUUGUGUCCCACCAGAGCCUCAAAGGCUAUCGGACAGAGCCCAGAAGACUACAUGGAAGGCAGCAACUUGUUUGAACAGUCCGAGCCAUCUAAGAAAGUCGGAGCAAUUAAAAAGAGUGUAGUGUCCCUCGUCUCGUCGGAUCACAAGGCGGCCUCGUCCUUCUCGGAGCUGAGCGUCGCAGGUACGGAGGACGGAUUAGAGCUGGACUAUUACGACUACGGGUGUCACGACUUGCCAGGGUCUUACUUUUCCGCUCUGCCGGAACAAUGGCCACCUUUUAUUCCCUCUCCCAACAUGGGCGAGGAUGAAGAUGCUCUCGAACUGCAGCUGCAGAAGUACACAUUGCCUCCCCCGGAGACGGACUUAUACUCGAUGGACGGGAGAAGUUCUGGGACAGCUGGGAGUACAAUGACUGCAGACGCAUAGCAGUAAUAGUUGCGAGGAGUAAUCACAACUUUUCGUAAGUCUAGAAAGUGUUGUGCCCCACAUUUUGAAAAGUGCGUGCCGUAAAAUCGGAACCCUAUAAAUACGGAAUUUCAGUCGGAGGUAUGUCCUUCGCAAAUAAUUUUUAGUGGAUACACCCGGUAUAUCGCCCGGUAAAUUGCACGUGCUUCGAAUUCCCGACAGUUCUCAGUGCCUUGACAUGUUAGGGCUUCGGUUGAUGUGCAGAAUCUUCGGUUGAUGUGCAGAAUAGGGAAUUACUAUUCAUUCUAUGAUACUAUAAGAAAUAGAGAAAGCAUUGGCUGCUGAUUAAUCUACCUAGGCAGCUGUUCCACGAGGCUGAUGAGUGCCUGUUUGUGUGUUGCUUUUUGCCCAACGCAGUUCUGUGCCGUUACGUGCUAUGUGAACACAAUGUGCGCUUACUAGGUGUGUCCAUGAGUACAUUGUCCCAUAAAGGAACGCAAAAGGUGUUGUUUGCACGCUUUGUACAGUGGUGCCAUCUGUUCUCGAGUACCUGCAUACUUUAAGUGUAGACCGUAAAGUGUAGACCAUCCACAUCAUCCAUGAGGGGCACUACCUUUCGGCAUCUCCCUCAUGAUUAGUCAGCUAAAGUUUGAAUUUUGAACGGAGAAGCGGGCACAUUGACAUAGCAGACAACGGCAAUGAUACAGCUACUAUCGAAGUGUAUGGAAUGACUCAUCAAUUUAUAGAUUUUGGAAGAACACAUAUCCUGCUUGUACAAAAAUCCUAAGGUAAGCUUAAGUACAACGUAUCAUAGCAAUGGAAGAAGCAAUAGACGGUCCGAUGACCAGCGUAGGGGGUGACAUGGUCGCUGUGGGGGUGAUAGCCACUGUCUUUCUCCAUGGGAAAGGUAGAGCUUAACAUAUACAUACAUUAGAGGUUGCUGCAUAUUGUCACAUAAUAAGUGUCGACGUUGACUGCUCAUUGACAGUAUGGUUUUUUUAAUGCCGUUGUCUCCAACUCGGCCUACAGAAUGUAACAAACUCUUGUCACGCAGUUUAACUGCAAAGUGUUGCGUUGACUUUUGUCUCUACUUGUUGUGUACUCCACAAGAUGUCCUAACUGCAAUGUUGUGACUACACUAGUCCAUACCUUUUCUAGUCACUCGUUCAUUUUUGCUUUUUUUUAAGACUAUGUGAAUAAUAAAUAGUUUUUGAAAACUUUUGU